GGGCCGGGGCGGUGCUGCAGGCUGUGCGGGCGGCGGGAAGCGGGCCGGGCCCCAUGGCCUCCUCCUCCAGCAUCGACAUCGAGGACGCGACCCAGCACCUACGGGACAUCCUCAAACUGGACCGGCCGGGAGGCUCAGUGAAUGAGAACCAGAGGCCAUCAAACUCCUACAACGGGGACCUGAAUGGGCUGCUGGUGCCUGACCCCCUGGUGGCUGCGGAUGGACCCUCCCUGGCCAAGCCGGUGCACCGCAGCGUCUCCCUGGCAGCCCUGCAGGAGAAGCAGGUCAUCUGCCUCUCAGGUGAUGACAGCUCCACUUGUUUGGUGAUAUCAGCAAAAGAUGUGGAGGUUGUGGCCAGCAGUGACUCCAGCAUCACCAGUAAGGCCAGAGGGAGUAACAAGGUGAAAAUAAAGCCUGUGGCCAGAUAUGACUGGGAGCAGAAAUACUACUAUGGCAAUCUGAUAGCUGUCUCCAACUCCUUCCUGGCCUAUGCUGUCAGAGUUCCCACCAAUGGCUUGGCCGUGGUGCGGGUGCUGAGCGUCAGCACGGCCGAGCGCACCUUGCUGAAGGGCUUCACUGGCGGCGUGGCAGACCUGGCCUUUGCUCACCUCAACUCCAACCAGCUGGCCUGCCUGGAUGAGGCUGGGAACCUUUUUGUUUGGCGUCUGGCCAUGGAUAAGGACAAAAUCCAAGAGGAGAUCCUGGUGAACAUCAAGCGUCCUGAGACCACCACCCUGAACCCCUCCCGUAGGAUCAUCUGGUGCCCCUUCAUCCCCGACGACAGCGAGGAGAGUGGUGAGGAGGGCAGCCAGACACUGGCCCUGCUGCAUGAGGACAGGGCAGAGGUGUGGGACUUGGACAUCCUCCGAACAAACAACAGCUCCUGGCCUGUGGAAGUGCCUAGCAUCAAAGAAGGCUUCAUUGUAGUGAAAGGCCACAGCACGUGCCUGAGCGAGGGAGCUCUUUCUCCAGAUGGAACUGUGCUGGCCACAGCAAGCCAUGAUGGCUUUGUCAAGUUCUGGCAGAUCUACAUUGAGGGGCAGGAUGAGCCAAGGUGUCUCCAUGAGUGGAAGCCCCACGAUGGUCGCCCUCUGUCCUGCCUGCUCUUCUGUGACAACCAUAAAAAACAGGACCCAGAGGUUCCAUUCUGGAGAUUCCUCAUCACAGGAGCAGAUCAGAACAGAGAAUUGAAGAUGUGGUGCACAGUGUCUUGGACCUGCCUGCAGACUGUCCGCUUUUCUCCUGACAUCUUCAGCUCCAUGAGCAUUCUUCCCAGCCUGAAAGUCUGCCUGGAUCUCUCUGCUGAAUACCUGAUCCUGAGUGAUGUGCAGAGAAAAGUCUUGUAUGUGAUGGAGCUGAUGCAGAAUCAAGAAGAAGGGAAAGCUUAUUUCAGCUCCAUCUCAGAGUUCCUCCUCACCAACCCAGUUCUAAGCUUUGGCAUCCAGGCUGUGAGCCGCUGUCGGCUGAGGCACACUGAAGUACUCCCAGCAGAAGAGGAAAAUGACAACUUGGGUGUGGAAGGAGCUCAGGGAGCUGGGGCUGUCGAAUCAGCAGCAGGCGUGCUGAUCAAGCUCUUCUGUGUGCACACCAAGGCCCUGCAGGAUGUGCAGAUCAGAUUCCAGCCUCUUCACAGCCCUGAUCUGGGUGCAUCCAUUCCUGCUCAUGGCUCUCAGGAAGACUUUGCCUUUCCAGACCACAUGGCUGAUCUCAGCACUGAAGGGCUGGGAUCUGAGAAGGGAUCUGUGCAUGGCUCCCAGCCAGACCUGCGGCGAAUUGCAGAGCUGCCUGUCCUGGCAGACUUCCUGUCCCUCUCAAACGACGCCAAACCAAAGCUGAUGACUCCAGAUGCAUUCAUGACACCAAGUGCAUCUCUUCAGCAGCUCGCCGUGUCCCCAGGCAGCAGUGUCAGCUCCCUGACUGCAGUCACAGCCAUCAGCAGCACCUCUGUCACUGACUCCUCCAUGCCCAGGCCAUCAGAAGACUUGACUGUGAGCCCCAAGAUGCAGCUGGACACCAGCCUCACACUGAGCAGCAGCAGCAGCAGUCUCCAGACAAGUCCUAGGAGCCAUUCUGUUCUCAUCCCAGGCCUCCCUGACAAACUAACACCAAAGGCACCUGUUGCAGUUGUACAAGGAAACCCCUCUUUGGCCCUGGAGCUGCAGGAGGUGGAGCCCUUGGUGGUGCCUCAGGCUUCUCCCACCCGUGAGCGCUCGCCGGACGUCAUCUCCUCUGCUUCCACAGCCCUGUCCCAGGACAUCCCCGAGAUCGCCUCCGAGACCCUGCAGCGCAGCUUCGCGGCCGCCCCGCCUGGGCUGCCUCCUGAGGAGCUGGGGCCCCAUGCUGACAGCAUGGCCUCGGCCGCCUCCGCCCUGCACCUGCUGUCUCCCCGCACCCGGCACGGCUCCGAGCACGGCCACCACACCCUGGACGUGCCCGAGGUGGAUAGGCUGAGCGCUCCCUCCCUGCUCGAGACUGCUCUGACGCAGGAGAGCGCCGCCCCUGACAGCAUGGGGGUGCAGCCGUGGCCGGCAGCCCCAGACAUCACCCGUGAGACCAGGGGCAGCCUGGCAGACAGCCCAAGGGAUGAGGUUGAAGAGAAGCACAAGAGCUCUGCCUACCAUCGCCACAGCUACCAGCUGCUGCAGCAUGACAGCCAGGAUGCCAGUGCAGAGCAAAGUGACCAUGAUGAUGAAGUUGCAAGCUUGGCUUCUACCUCAGGUGGAUUUGGUGCCAAGGCAUCCACACAGAGGCUGCCUGUGAAAGACUGGAAGGCUAAGGCCUCCCCUCGGGCCUCUCCCAAGCUGAAGCGCAAGGGCAAGAAGGAUGAUGGGGAUGUGAACCAGUCACCAAGAUCUUCUAACAACCAGGUGACCCCUGAGUUCCAGGAGGAGCUGAUGUGCAUCCUGAGGAGCCAGCAGCAAGAGCUCUCUGAGCUGCGGCAGAACCAGGUGGAGCUGCUGCAGAGACUCACAGACCACCUGGACACCAUCCAGAGCUCUCUCAUGGGCCACGUGGAGAGGGUGCUGGACUCCCAGCAAGAGCAGGAGCAGAGGAGGCUGGAGCGGGCGCUGACGGAGGGUCAGCAGCGCAACGGGCAGCUGCAGGAGCACCUGCACCAGCAGCUCUCCCAGUCCCUCUCCACCGCGCUCUACAGCCGCCUGGACAGGACCAUCCGCGAGGAGCUGAAGAAGACCAUCCCCCAGUGCAUUUCAAAGAGCAUGGACCCUGUUGCUGGGCAGCUGAGUAACAACAUGGCUGCCAAGCUCACUGCUGUGGAGGGGACCCUGAAGGAGAGCAUCACUAAGCUUGUGAAGUCGAAGAACCUUACCGACACCAUCGUGAGGGCAACAGCUGACACCCUGCAGGGCCCCAUCCAGGCAGCCUACAGAGAAACCUUCCAGAGUGUGGUCCUGCCGGCCUUUGAGAAGAGCUGCCAGGCCAUGUUCCAGCAGAUCAAUGACACCUUCAAGCAGGGCACACAGGAGUAUAUCCAGCAGCUGGAGGCUCACCUGAAGAACAAGAAGCUGCGGGAGCAGGAGGCCCGGGAGCCGCUGCUGGGGCAGCUGCGGCAGGUCCUGGGCAGCUUGCAGAGCAGCGCAGAGCAGCUGGCAUCCAGUGUGGCUGCCGGUGUCCAGAGCGAGCUGCAGCACCAGCUGCACGUCAUCGUGGGCAACAUGCAGGAGACCAUCUUGGCCCAGGUGCAGAGAGUCAUCAAAGGAGAGGUGAGCCUGGCAAUGAAGGAGCAGCAGGCAGCGGUCACCUCCAGCAUCGUGCAGGCCAUGCGCUCUGCGGCCGGCACUCCCAUCCCCUCCACACACCUGGACUUCCAGUCUCAGCAAACCCACAUCCUGCAGAUGCUGCAGCAGGGACACCUCAACCAGGCUUUCCAGCAGGCUCUGACAGCAGCUGAUCUCAACCUGGUGCUGUACGUCUGUGAAACUGUGGACACUCAGCAGGUGUUUGGGCAGCACCCCUGCCCCCUGACCCAGCCUGUGCUGCUCUCCCUCAUCCAGCAGCUCUCCUCUGACCUGGGUACCCGUACAGAGCUGAAACUGAAUUACUUGGAGGAAGCGGUGAUGCACCUGGACCACAGUGACCCCAUCACCCGAGACCACAUGGGGUCUGUCAUGAACCAGGUGCGGCAGAAGCUGUUCCAGUUCCUGCAGGUGGAGCCCCACAACACGCUGAGCAAGCCUGCACGGCGCCUCAUGAUCAUGCUGCAGGGCCUGGUCACCCCUGGCAUGACCUAGGAGACCCUGGCUUCCGUGGGGGGCUGCGUGGGAGCCCCCCAGCAGCUGCAGUUAGUUACUAACCACGUGCGGUGUGUGGUAAGAGCUCUUGCCAGGAACCCGAUCCAGCUGUGUGUGAUGUCUCCAAGGCCACCCUGUGUAUAGUUCAGAGUCCCCGAGCGCUCCCCUGGCUGAUGUUCCGCAGCAGUCUCAAUGGUGGGCUGUGUCCUGCACCUGCCCCUCUGUCCCUGA